AAGAAGACCGAAAUGACGAAAAGUAGUAAACAUAGGAUCAGCCGAUCAUGGCUGUGCUAAGCAUUGUGCUUGUUUAUCUGUCCCGACCAAGGCAAAUAAUGAGCUCGUUGCGAGAUUUCAACCUGAUACCACCGUCGUCUAUCGUCGCGUGCUCUGCGUGAGCAACCCCGAUGUCUAUGUUUCCCUUCACAUUCAAGUUAUCCGUUCCCGGCAUAACCAAUCCAUUUUCUGCCCAAGCCGCCGCUCCAUCGUCUUCUAGUGUCUCUGCUACCGAUCAGCCGAUUCCAGUACCGGAACAAGGUUUCAACAACGGAAAGAGCGUCCAUAGACAGCGCCCACCGACACGUUCAACAUCACCAGUUCCUCAAGUACUGCGGAAGAGAGGAUGGGAGCCCUCUUUUGCCGAGCCGAGCCUCUCUACCACCACUCUGGCAUCAUCAAGCGGAUAUCUUGACACCCCUUCAAAAUACCGAGACAUGGCGGAGCUGACGCAGGACGAGUUUCAUGAAAUUGAAGCGAUGGCGGCAGGUGUGUUACCCGUUAUCCUUCAGUUCAGUCUGUCUCUGUUUCAUUGCAUGUGUUUGCCUUGCCGCAAUCAAGGGCUGCCUUCAGUCCAGCUUCUGGCCCAUGCCACAUCGUGUACCUUGCAUGCUGUGGUUGGAUAUAUGAUGGCGAGCACCCCUGAACUCCCACCGUCUGCAAAACGUCGUCGCGGCCUUGCUGGCACUAUUGUCUCAACCGCUCUCAGUGCUGCAUUGAUAGGGACUGCAGUGGGAAUCACCGUCUAUCGAUUGUGGCGAGACCGCGGCAAGGAGCCAGCACGACUACUUGCACCACCACCUCCCUAUCAACAGGGCGAAUGGUCACCUCCACCAGAGGAACCUGUUGCAGAACCCAAGGCCCUAAGUGUCAUGCCUUCCACUCCGCGACGUAAACGGCACGCAGUUGGCUCCGUCAAACGGACGCAGAGCCUUCGUCGAGCACGGCUACGGGCCAGCGCAUACACAUCUCCCCCACCACAACCCGCUCCUAUCUUCCCUUCCACCUCACAUCGUCCUGCUCCAGAAGACAGUGUAGAGGAUCAGAUGGAUUGGAUUGGCGACAAACUUUCCAGGCUCAUUGAGGAAGGCAAAAAGGCACUUGGUAGAGAGGUUGUCGUCAUGAGCGAAGAUCCAGCAGACGAAGUGGAUGAUGGCAAUGACGACUGGGAGGAAGACGGUGCCCCACGUCCAUCACGAAGAUCUGCCUCUCCACGAAAACGGCGGCCCCACGACAUCAUCGCACCACCAUCCUACUCUUCUGGACCCCCCUCUGCACCCCCUCAUACAGACGCUGGUGCCGGGUUCAUGUCGACUCCCAGUAGCUUCAAGUUUGGUGACGACUCUCGAGUGUCGGAGAGUCCACUGCUUAGGGAGUCCAUGGAGCAAGCCCGUGCUCGAGUUCUGAGAAAUCGG